AUGGGCUCGGAGGCAAAACGACUCAAAAGCGGAUGUUGGACUUGUCGUCUUCGCCGCAAAAAGUGCGAAGAGGGUGGGCCACCGUGCCUCACUUGCGUGAAUCGACAAAUCCACUGUCACGGGUACGGGCCGAAGCCUGAGUGGAAGGAUAAAGGGGAAAAGGAGCGUCAAGAGGCGAUCCGUUUACGAAUCAGGUCGUCAAGAUCUUCAGCCGCUUCCGCCGAGGCCUCCAAAGCAACUCCGUCUACAGCGACUUCGUCACCAGCACCGGCAACAGAGGAUGUGCAUCUGACAUCACACGCAGCCGAUGACGUCUCGAGGACAAGCGCUCCUCAGGAAAACAGUCCAAACGACUAUGGUUUCCCGAUGGAAAGUGAGUUGGGUUUCAUGAACACAGCAAAUCUUGAUCCCAUCUUUCUCGCCGAUCAAUGGAAUUACUUCGACCCAGGGCUCCCAAUACCCAGCACCCCUAUGGAUCAGGAGCUAGCUGUGAACGCAAUUACCGAAAGCAACAUUAUUCCGCAGCUUGCGAACUCACCUCUUUCCAUGAGUGAGCCCGGCCUGAACCACAAAUCAUCAGAAAGAGAGAUGGAUCUUGUCAUGCAUUAUAUCGAUUACGUAUCGAUUGGAGACCAAGAGCCUGGCCGGAGAGUGCAUGGCUCCUCAAAAGGAUGGCUUCUAUCGACUCUACUGCGAUCACCCGGAUUUUAUAACACAGCGUUGAGUCUGAGUGCAUACCACCAACACCUCAAGGCCACUGCCGGGGGUGAACCGGGCGCGGCGGCCUAUCAUGACUACCAGAAAUAUCGACUCCGCGCCACGCAGAUCUUUGAAUGUUCUCAACCUGGAUUCCUGGGAGAGAAUCUGAUCUGUGCCGUGGAGCUCGCCCGACUUGAGACUAUUGGAGGAAACCGGGAAAGGAGCCAGAGCUACUUCCGCUCUGCACUUUCGCUCCUAGAACAGCCAAAGAUACAGAAUCGGGCCUGUGAAAUCACGACUUCGUCUGGUCUAAUCACGCCCACUUCACCGAGUUCCUUUUCCUCAGGGACAUUGGUUACAAGGCAUGCGCCGCCGCCGUUGCCGUCUGAGACGGAGCGCAAGGCCCUGGGCCAUUCUCAAGCCCUUCUGGCUUGGAUGGACAUUCUGACGUGCUCCGUCCAGCGAACGAUGCCGACCGCGCACGAGACUUACCGCAGUCUCUUAUCCAACAGCAGCUUUUGCCUGUGCUUCCGGGCGGUGACGGGCUGCGAGAGCUGGAUCCUGCAGACCAUCAUGGACGUGGUGGCGCUGGACACGUGGAAACGCGACCAGGAAACCCGCAGGGACCUGAGCAUCCGCCAACUGGUGAAGCGUGCCGACGAAAUCACAUCGGCCAUCGAGGCGAAAGUUGCAGAUCUAGGGGCUACUCUUGGGCUGCCCGGGCAACCCUCCCUGGGCGUCUCUGCCCGGAAUGAUGAACGGCCUGACCCAUCACUGACUCUCUUGUAUGCGCAAGCAGCCUUGGUCUACCUCAACUUCAUUGUAUCCGGACCGAACUGUGGCGCACUCGAGGUUCGUCAGAGCAUAGACUGCGCCAUCGCAUCGUGGAAGUCGGUUCCUCUUUUCAACAGGCGGCGACUCCUGGUCUGGCCGCUUCUCAUCACUGCCACAUUAGCUAAAGGCCAACAACGGGAUUUCUUUCGUGACCUGAUAGAGUCUUGUCCGGAGAGUCGCACGCCCGGUAACUAUUACAACAUCUGGUUGGUUGUGACGGCCUGCUGGGAGGAAGUCGAUACACAGACUGGAACAGGACAAACCAGGAUGAAAAGUUGGGGACACACAUCAGAUAAAUACGAGCUCGGCUUGCUGAUUUGUUAA